AUGACGUCACAGCGGGCGCGCCGCCGCCGCCGCUCCCGGAGCGGCCUCAGAGCGGCCGGGACGGCGGCGGGAACGGGCCGGAAGUGACGUCACAGAGAGCGCGGGAUGGACGGGAGUGACGUCAGCCCCUCCCCCUCCCUGCGCUUGGCCCUGGCCGGGGCCUGGUGGGCGCUGAGGGGGCGUGGCCUGUCGGGGCGCGGCCCCGGGGGGCGUGGCCUGGACGGGCGUGGCUGGGGGCGGCUCCUGGCGCUGCUGGAGGCCGCGGGGGGCGGGGCCCCGGCGCUGCUGCGGCCCCGGCACUGGGCGCGCCUCAGCCUGGGGCUGCGGGCUCAGGUGGUGACGUCACUGCUGGAGGAGCUCGGCCCCUCCCCCGCCGUGCUGGACGCGCUGGAUUGGCUCUUCCCGGAGGGGGCGGGGCCAGAGAGAGGCCACGCCCUCGGGGCGCUGCACGGGCUCCCCCUGGUGGGCGUGGCCGAGGAGCACUUCCGGGAGCAGGUGCUGGGAAUUCUGGGAAGUGGGCGGGGCCUGGAGCCCUUCCUGCAGGAGUACGGGCCGCCGUUCCGCCGCUCCCUGGCCGAGCUCUUCCUGCUCCUGCUGCGGCGCCUGGAGCGCGCCCUGCCCCCCCCGCACCUGCGCCAGCUGGAGCAGCUCUGUCAAAGCCACGCCCCUCCUGGCUCCAGGCCACGCCCCCUCCCUCGCCUGCAGCGUUAUUUCGCGGAGGUUCGCCACGCCCACCCAGACCCAGUGCCGCGCCCACUUCCGGCGGAGAAGACCACGCCCACGCCUAAGCCCCGCCCCCGCCGCCGCAGGCUCCGCCCACUCCGCAUCCUCCCCCUCGACGCUGACGGGGAAGGAGAUCGAGAUCGACAUCGAGCCCACGGACAAGGUGGAGCGGAUCAAGGAGCGCGUGGAGGAGAAGGAAGGGAUCCCCCCCCAGCAGCAGCGGCUGAUCUACAGCGGCAAGCAGAUGAACGAUGAGAAGACGGCGGCCGACUACAAAAUCCAGGGGGGCUCCGUCCUCCAUCUUGUGCUGGCCCUGCGGGGGGGCGUGGCCAGGG